CGCACAAUCGGAGCUAUAUUCUCUAUGUCGGUAAGUUCCCUUAGUUUGGGUUCUUUGUAUUUUGGCUUUUGCGGUGGUGUACUGAUGUUGUGUGCUUUUGAUGAGAUGUAGACCCCCUUUCUAGAUUCUUCUAGAGUUUUUUUGUGAACGAGUUCUUUGUUGUGUGAUGAGCUUUCAGUCUUUGCCUGUUGUAAAGUUUCCUUUCACUUUACUUCAUUAGUUCUAACUUCUAAGCAUGAUACAAAUAAAUGAAAUAGUACAGUUUGUGAUGAGCAAUAGCAUGAUUUGAGUUACCAUAUUACUUAUACUGAAUUACUUCUAAGCUCUAAGCAUGUAGCAAAUCAACUUCUCGACUCUGUGAAGUAAAAGCAGUACGUGAUUAGCAAAAGUCGUGCGCUUUUAGAUUAUGAAGUUCUUCACUUUACUCGGUUUCAUUUUGUUUUUAUUAUACAACUUGAGUUUCUUUUGUGAAUGAUUUCUUUGUUGUGUGGUGAACUUUCGGUCUUCAGUUCCAAUAUACAUCGGGUACAGAUCCCUUUCUUAGUUUUUUUUCUUAUGUAUUUUGGCCAACUUUUUCUGCAAUUAGCAAGAUCUCUAAGAGGCAUAAGUAAGAGCCUUCAGAAAUGUAUCCAUAGUUUUGUGUGUCAAAAGCUGCCGACUUAUCCGCCUUAGAUGCUAAGUUGAAUACAUUUCAAAGUAGCUGAUUCGUUUUCCAUAUUAGGAAUAUCCCUUCCAAUAGUGUUAUAGGAAUUAUGAUAUUACUUCACAUUAUGAAAGAGGCAUAAGAACUUGGGAUUUUUGUUCAAUUUGAUUAUGUAUCCAUUGUAGAUACAUAGUGCAACUCCAUUUGAAAGAUGAUACUGGUGAAGCUGAGUUUGCCAUUUUGGAACGUGAAGGUCUGCAUUUCUUGGGAGUUGUGGAUGAUGUUUUAUUUCAAUCAAUUCAGAGGAAGACAAAACCAUUCCUCCACAAAUCGAACGAGUUAUUAAUAUGAGACUCGAAUUACAUGUUAAACUUCUCAAAUCCUCAAAGUGGGUAAGUAUUAUGUGGUUAGGGUGGAUCAUGAUCCAUUUGUGGGAGGUGAAGAACAUUUCAGUUGUAAAUAAAUUCAUUUAGGUAAAUGAUACCAACUUUAUUUUAUUUUUUCAAGCUCUCUUAUGACUCUAAUUUGAGUACAACAAUUGAAUGAGGCGUCAAGUAAGUCCCUCACAGAGGCAACUCCAAUACUGGAGGAAAGCAACAACUCCAAUCUAAGUACUCAGUAUAUUUUCACCUCUCUUAUGACUCAGUUUAUUGUACAUGUAUUUGUCACAACUCCAUGUUAGAUUUUCUCUUUUUCAUGGCAGUAGGAAUUAUGUGCAUCACUUUUGGACAAUAUCAAUUUGAAUCCCAGUGACUAUGAUGCUGCAACCUGUAGGCAUAUUGCUUCUCAGGGCUUAUCAAGUUAUGCAUUAGCUUUUACUUCAUGGUUUUAGGCAUGUGUUGUGUCAUUAAUCCUAUAGAUGUUCUUUGUUUCUCUAUGUAUAAUGCAAUCUUCAACUAACGGGAUAGGUUGAGAUCAACAAACUUUUGUCAUCUCAUCCAAUAGUUUCACAGAGUUUCCAAUGUCUCCUUGCUUAUAGAAACCAUUUAUCAUAGCAUGUAUGUAAUGGUGGAAGGAUGAGUUCCUUUUUUUACAUUUUUUUAUCACAAAUCCAAGGCAACAUCUGAAUCCCCUCAUCUAUCCUUAUUUACACAAGCCAUUCAACAAGGCAUUAUACGUGGUUAUGUUUGGUAAUGCACCAUAGUUUACCAUUUCAUUACGCAAUCUGAAGGCUUCAUUCAUUUUACCAGCCGCAGAACAACCAUGAAUUAGAGUGCUGCAAUCUGCAAAUUGGUUGAUGUGAUGGGAAGAAAUUCUUACGGAAACACUCAUGAUAAUUAAGUUAGCAUAAUGCAUCAUAUAGAUGGAUCUUAUAACCAAUGCCUAAUCAGGGAAUGGUUGAAUUUAAUAAAUGAAAUUGCUUUGCCUUUGAGUAAUACUUCUGGAGUAUUAUAUACUCCACCAUCCAAUAUAGUACAACAAAAUGAAAAUACACUAACCGGUUUAUACUCCACCGGCCAACGGGCCGGGCCCAAUGCUAGUAUUAAUGAUAAAGCGAAACUCAUUGGGCCAAGAGCCAAGUAAAAGCUAGUGUGAAAGGUAUAGUAGAUUAAGAGGAGUAAAUGUAAUUAAGGCGUUGUUGGAUUGAAGUUUCAAGUCUCUAUCUCUACACUUAAUUCCCCCUUUCUUUAUUUCCACUCGGUGGGUCUGGGGGGAUCACAACUACAUGCUAUUUUAGUCCAAAUCAAGGUUGUCAACCCGCGGGUCGAUUCGCAGGUUGACCCAUUUUGACGUUGACCCGGUGAAAAAAAGGGCCGCACGCACCCGCCGGGUCGACCGCCACAAGGUACCGGGUUGGAGGUCAAAUUGUGUCAUUUUUUUCUUUGUUUUGCGAAAUGCGCCUAUUUUCUGAUUUUUCUUUUCGCCUAACUCAAUCUUUUGAAUCCUAAGUUGAACAUUUGAAUAUUAAUGUUAUAUAAGUGUGAGUGAAUUUUCACUAUAUAUUGAAUCUAAGUACGAAAUGUUAUUUUGGUGUAAUAUUAUAUGUUAUAACUCAUAUGUUAGAUGAGAUUUGAUAUAAUUUAUCAAGAUAAGUACAAUGUAAUGACGCUUUCCAUAUUUCCGGGCUAACCCGGGCUAAAACGGGUGACCCAUUAACCCUUGACCCACUAGCUCAGCCGGGUCCGGGUCAACCCGCAGGUUGACAACAUUUGUCCAAAUAAUUUUUUUAUAGAGAUUUGUCCAAAUAAUUGAAAAACAAAACAAUCACUAAUUCCUGCAGCGAGACUUACGACAUUAUAGCAGUGACAAUUUAGUUCCGAGUUACUGUUAGUGAGUGGUAUAUGAUUCAAGAUUGAAACUCUUCCAACAAUUCGAAUUAUUGUGACCAACUGGUUCUUGACAUGGUAUCAGAGCCUGUUGUGGGCGGAUGUCUUGUGUUCAAAUCCCGGUGACCUCAUUUGUGAAACACAUGUAUUCUCGUGUUCGGUACAAACAAAAGCUAUUAUGAGUUGACUGGCUUUCGUUUGAGGGGGUGUUAGUGGGGUCAUCUAAAUAGAAACAAAUAUAUUAUAUGAUACACAAUUUAUCUCGAAUAUACAGUGUUAUCAAGCAAUAGUCUGGGCAGUUUGUUGGACCAGGUCCGAUCAAAAUCGGUCUUCAAAAUUAUCCACAAAAAUUUAGCUUCCUCCGAAUUGACUAGUUUCAGACUCUAAAGACAGCAUUAUGCAUUUUGGUCCUCUCCAAAACCUCUCAUGGAAAGGAUCAUAUACUAUACUCAUUAUUAAAUUAUUAUACGAUACCUAUCAAAUUGCAUUAAGAUCUUAAAUUGCUACCAUAUGUACGCAUAUAUUCCUAUAUUAUGUAUAAAAUGGUUUAAACCAAUAAAAUUUUAAUUUGCGCAAUAAAUCUCAAACCAUUUGUUUCACCUGGUUAAACCGGUUUGAUAACCUUGAAAUGGUCUUAAAAAACAAGAGAAGCCAAAAUAAUAAUGAAAAAGAUAACGGAGCAUUCCCCUCUCUAAUGAAGUCCAACACGACGAUCUUGUCGGCCCAAUUAAAUCAGAUUCAGUUAUCACAAUACCUAACAUUGAAUUCAAGAUCAUGAAAUAUGGGAAAGAGCGUGUCCGAAUUUAAUUAAUCCGUCUUUUUCCAAGGCCGGCCACGGCUCCCCCCAAAAUCUUCCAUCUUCCCAACAGUACAAUAAGAACCCCCGCCCGGCCCCAACUUUUAAUGCUUCUUGGAGACUUUUUUGCUCCAACUCAAAUCUUCCCUCCUCUAAAUCCCCUGUUUUUCCAAACCCACCUCAACUGCCGCCGAAUCCUGUAAAAUUCCCAAAACUCUUCUUCCAUUCUCUGUGUUUCCUUACAGCUAUGGCUCGUUCAACUCCUUCCCCUCGUCUUGCGACUCUUCUUCUUCUCGCUAUUGUUCUCCUGCAAACACAGCUGACCGCCGGCGACUUGCUGUCCUCAAUUUUUGCUCCGAUCAUGGGCAACAUAUGUGAGAACGUGGAAUGUGGGAGAGGCAAGUGUAAGCCGCUGACCAAUUCCACCAUCCCUCCGUACGAAUGCGAAUGCGACGCCGGGUGGAAGCAGACCCGACCCGACGCCAUGGACAACAUCACCUUCCUCAAUUUCCUCCCCUGCAUUGUCCCCAACUGUUCCAUGGAUUUUUCGUGCAAUAAACCAGCAGAGGCGCCGGUUCAAGACAAGUCCGGAAAGUCCAAUACCACACUUCUCGACCCAUGUAACUGGGCAGAUUGUGGAGGGGGAUCCUGCAACAAGACAUCAUUGUUCACCUAUAGUUGCGUAUGUUCAGAGGGAUACAAUAACCUUCUCAACACUUCACUCUUCCCUUGCUACAAAGAAUGUGCGGUGGGGAUGGAUUGCAAGGAUCUAGGGAUCACGGUUCAAGGCCCUCCAUCUCCAACGCCUGUGCUGUCCCAGAACGAUGGCGCGAAGAAUCAAGGCAGUACAGCUAGAAGAGGGUUCUUAUUGAUGGUGUCGUUAGUGGUGACAACUAUGGCUCAGUGGUGAUAGAAAGAGAGAUAGAGGUGGUGGUUGCGAGCAAUGAGCAUUAGGAAGGUAGAGAAUGAUAUAUGUACUGAUAUGGAUGGACUCUCCGUUAGGGAUUCUUGUGAGGUUUGGGCAUGGCUGAUGUCUAUAAUACGUACGCUGUUUUGUUUGAUCCAUUUUGUAGCAUAGGAAAGAAUAAGACUGAUGGUUCAUGUUAUAGCUAGAGAUUGGAUAACGCCAUUGCCAGGGCUCGUUAGUAAUGAUUGAUAGUAAUAGGGACUUGACUUGAAACUGAAAGUGCUUGUAGUUUCAGCUAUAAGCUAUUGGUUGUAUAUCCAAAUUCUCACGUCAAACAAUAGGAUGACAAUUUCGACCUGACCCAUUUUACCCAACCUGUUUGGCUUAUUUUGUGACGGGUAUGGGUACCUCUAGUCGACCCGACCUGCCCUGACCCGCCCCAUUCUCGACCCGCUCUUGCCUAAAUUACAUAUAAUCUUAGUCAAAUUACUUAGAAUUUUCCUCAUAUUACCUCAUAUUUUAGCUAUAGUAAAUAAGUGAAAACCUCAAUUUCUCUAAUACUUUAACUACAUUUUAUCAUAUUAUGAUUUAUUUCUUGGUCUUUUAAUGAAAAUAAUGAAUAUUUUUAAAGUUU